AUGGGAAGAUCUUAUAAAAUCCCAGACGUGCAGCCACCAAUUUUGAGUGCCAACGAAGUUGUUCCAAAAGCUACAUACAAUCUAGGAGGGAAGAAGAAAUGGUUUGAUAACCAUUGGGACCAGUACAUUACGUGGGGUACCAGACUUAUAAUUCUUCUGAUCUCAACAAUGAGCUUUAUCUAUCAUAAUCUUCUCCAAAGGUUCGUAAACAGUUCUUGGCUAACUUUACGAAAAUCUUGGAUUUUUAAUUCGGCUUAUUUUGAGACGUGGUGGACAACGUUUUGUUUUGCAUGGAUCAUCCCUCUAUAUCCGUUUGCAAUACAUUUUAUCCCGCUACUGGACAAAUAUAAAAUUCAUCCAUCUGUCACCUAUGUGCAUCAGACCAUUUUAGGAAUGCUGAAAGAAGCUGUGGUGUACAUGGCGCCUUUAAUGUUUCUCGAUGCCAUUAUCGUCAAGAAAUACCACAAUGUGGAUCCAAGUGUAUGGACACUAAAACAGCAGUCCAUUAUUCAGUACACUAGAGAGCUCCCAGUGGAUCCGCCCGAUCUUAAAAGUAUCUUAUUUCAUCUCAUCGCCUCUAUCAUGACAUUUGAUGUCCUAUUUUUCAUUGUGCACCUGGUCUUUCAUAGAAAUGUAUGGAUCUACCAAAUAAUUCAUGCUCAACAUCAUCAACAUGACGUCAUGCACCCUCACGUGACCAACAAACUUACGGUAGUUGAGAGACUUGUGUUGAUCCUGUCUGCCAACUUUGCACUUAAAAUGUACAACAGUCACCCCUUGACUAGGAUGAUGUUUGUCCCGGUGUUUAUCUGCCUCCUUGUAGAGAACCACACUGGUUACGACUUUCCAUUUGGAUUACAUCGCGUGAUUCCAUUUAACCUGUAUGGCGGAUCUGUAAAACAUUACAAACAUCAUAUACAUGGUUCUAAGUAUUACCAACCAUUCUUUACGUACUUAGAUUAUUUUCUAGCAAAGACAUCAAAUAAUAGGAACAUGAAGCACAAAUAUGAAAUAUGAAUCUCUGGAAAAUGA